CUCAUUUUCCACAGUGACAAAAAUCAAAGCCUUCGUCUUCAUCAUCAUCUCCCGCCAAAAAGAGAAGGAAGGCGCAGAGAGAAAUGAUGAAGGAGUACCAAACCCCACUCAAGGACCAUGCUCGUCUUCCUCCUAAGCUCUCCAAUCGCGCCUCCUCCUCCAAGAAGACCGUUCCGAAGAAGAGCUUGUUUUCUUCAAUCUUCGAAGAUCUGCAAGUCAAGCACUCGGUGGACUCCUCUCCGAUCUCUCUGAUUUCUCUGAUCGAUGACAUCAAUCGCGAUGCUGACGUCACUCAGACUCUGAUGACCCUGCCAGAUCCAGCACUCUCACCUUCAACAGAGAGCUUGUUUACCUCUGAUCUCUCUCCAUCUUCAGAGUCCACAAUGUCAAGCCAUUCCUCUUGGACUGUUGCUACAUGUGGAAAUGAUGCCUCUAAGUUUGGUUCUAUGGGGGCUGAGGUAGUAGCAAGCUUUCUAAAGCAAGCUCGGACUGAGGUCUUGAACUCUGCUGGUGUGGAUGCUAAAUCCAAGAAGCUUCUGGACGCACUGGUUGAGAUUGUUAUAGAGGAUUUACACACUGUGCCUGAAGAGAGGUACCGGAUUGCUGAACUUAUAUCAAUGAAGGCCAAAAUACGGGUUGUGUGUCUUUUGCUAUUGAUCCUUGCAAUAGCUGUUUUGUUUAUGUUCAGCUCUGGAUCUGGAAGAACUUUUCAUGGACCACUGCCUACUUGAACUCUUACUGUAGAAGUGGAUCAAUUGUCUGAUCAAGAUCAAUGGUACGGUCACUUGUUCUGGGACUUAGUCAUAGUUGGUAUGCUCUUACUCUUCCACUAGAUAAUUUCUGGUACUUAGCUGAUUCAAUCAUACAAACCUCUUGUUUUCAGAAUAGUGCCUAUGGUUUUGGAUAGUGUAUUUUACACAAAUAGCUAUAUUGGUGUAACUUCCUGGAAACAGAAUGCAACUGUUACUAUAUUCCUCUAUGUGGUA